CCAGCGCCCGUGGGUGUGCAGGGACAUCAUGGCGGCCUCGCCGCCCUCAGCCCCGGGAGAGCCGGCGCCGCCGCCGCCGCCGCUGCAGUACAGCCUCCUGCUGCAGCACCUCGUGGGCGACAAGCGGCAGCCCCGCGUGUGGGACCCCGCCGCCCUCGGCGGAAUCCCCUGCCCGCCCAAGAGCGAGGAGCAGAAGAUGGUGGAGCGGGUCAUGGAGAGCUGCCCCUUCAAGGCGGCGCUGGCUUGCGUGGGAGGAUUUGUUCUGGGAGGUGCGUUCGGUAUCUUCACAGCUGGCAUUGACACCAACGUGGGGUUUGAUCCCAAGGAUCCCUAUCGCACACCCACUGCCAAAGAGGUGCUCAAGGACAUGGGGCAGCGAGGCAUCUCCUACGCCAAGAACUUCGCCAUCGUGGGUGCCAUGUUCUCCUGCACGGAAUGUGUGGUAGAAUCUUAUCGUGGGAAGUCAGACUGGAAGAACAGCGUUAUCAGUGGCUGCAUCACGGGAGGAGCCAUCGGCUUCAGAGGUUGGUGGUGCCUGCUGGGAGCUGUUUCUGUGAUAACUGUGAUAAGAUUGAAUUUGGUUAUGCAGCACACAAUGUUCUUAGUGCAACACACACACUACAAACCUCUCUGCACGGGGUUGUGGUGAUGCCAGUGUGAGAAUGUGCUCUGGACUGGCAGAACUGUCAGCUCUAAGAAUAAGUGUGGAUGAGGAAGGGUUGGUCACAGAGGAAAAUCAACAAAAUUCACUUCAAAGAAAGAUCAGGAGAUGGUGGUGGCUGUCCACAUUCUUCUGUGGUGUCAUGGGAGAGAGCCAGAAAUACAUACAGAGCAACUCAGAAGCUCUUGUGUUAACUGAGCUCUGCACAUCUACCAUUUCACUGUCUCUGCUACUCUCCUUUGAAAUUAGAGCUAAAGAACUCUACUCUCUUCUUUUGUACCAUGUGUAAAAAUGCUUUUCUCCUUUCUCAUGUAUCAGUUCCAACAGACAAUUCUACUUACACGUGAAUGAGAAGCAGUGGGGUUUUAGUCCAGCAGCACUAGUGGGGACUUUCCUUUAGUGGUAACAUCUGGGAAAAUCCCCAAGUAGGAGAGAGCUGCUCUGCUCAUCAGAAACAUCAAACUUCUUCCACUCUCCUUAAGAAAAAAACCUGUCCUGUUUUAUGGAGCAUAAAUGGAAAGAAAGCUCUUGAAAGUGCUUCUAAUUGAGCUUGUUAAGUUGUGUCUGUCCUCGACCUAAUCCUCUUAGAGCUGUCAGAGCAGUGCCUGCUCUUCCUAUCCCUCCCUAGUCCCACCAAGCCUCCUGCAGGGCUCAGAGAAGAGCACAGUGAAAUCAGCAGUGGAGGGAACCACUGGAGGGUUCUCUGGGUGAGCCUGAGGGCUCAGCAAAUCCUGCUGGCCCCGAGGGGUUGUGCAUCAGGCAGUGCCACUGUCCCCUGGGAGGGCACUGCCAAGUUCCUGCCCGUGUGAGCUCUUUGAGCCUGCACAAGAUACUGGAGGAAGAAUAUUUUUCCUACUCUGUCUCAUGGUUUCCCACC